AGAUCAAUCCAGGCUCGGGGAGCGAGCGGGCGCACCAAGGCGAGGCCAGGGCCGAGGCGCGGGGACCGCGGCCGGGAGCUAAGCGGAGCGCGGGGACGGCGGCCGAGAGCGGAUCGGAGCGCGGGACCCGGCGCCGGGUCUCGUGCGUCCCCGCCGAUGGGCGCGCCGCCGAGCCGGUGCUAACUGGGUCCCUCACUGGAACAGGAGGAACAGUAUUUUCUACCUUUCUGAACCACAGACCAAGAAGCUAAGAGAAUCUAUGUAAUUAAACUGAAAUCUCUGUUGGCUUUGCACCCCCCACCCCGGAGCCACACUUCACCUGUCUGAGGAGUGUGCAGAACUAGACCAGUCACUAUGAAUGUCACCAGCUUGUUUUCAUUCACAAGUCCAGCUGUGAAGAGACUCCUUGGGUGGAAACAGGGCGACGAAGAAGAGAAAUGGGCAGAGAAAGCUGUGGACGCUUUGGUGAAGAAACUGAAGAAGAAGAAAGGGGCCAUGGAAGAAUUAGAGAAGGCUCUGAGCUGCCCAGGGCAGCCGAGUAACUGCGUCACCAUUCCUCGAUCCCUGGAUGGAAGGUUGCAAGUGUCCCACCGGAAGGGACUGCCUCACGUCAUUUAUUGCCGUGUAUGGCGCUGGCCUGACCUCCAGAGCCACCAUGAACUGAAGCCUCUGGAAUGCUGUGAGUUCCCGUUUGGUUCCAAGCAGAAGGAGGUCUGCAUCAACCCCUACCACUAUAAGCGAGUGGAGAGCCCCGUUCUCCCGCCGGUGCUGGUUCCAAGGCACAGCGAGUACAACCCUCAGCACAGCCUUCUGGCUCAGUUCCGAAACCUGGGGCAAAACGAGCCUCACAUGCCACUGAACGCCACGUUCCCAGACUCCUUCCAGCAGCCCAACAGCCACCCGUUCCCCCACUCCCCCAACAGCAGCUACCCCAACUCUCCUGGCAGCAGCAGCAGCACCUACCCUCACUCCCCGACCAGCUCAGACCCAGGCAGCCCUUUCCAGAUGCCAGCUGACACCCCCCCACCUGCUUACCUGCCUCCUGAAGACCCCAUGGCCCAGGAUGGCUCUCAGCCCAUGGACACAAACAUGAUGGCGCCUCCACUGCCUGCGGAAAUCAACAGAGGAGAUGUUCAAGCAGUUGCUUACGAGGAACCAAAACACUGGUGCUCUAUUGUGUACUACGAGCUCAACAACCGCGUGGGUGAGGCGUUCCACGCCUCCUCCACCAGUGUGCUGGUGGAUGGUUUCACUGAUCCUUCCAACAAUAAGAACCGCUUCUGCCUUGGGCUGCUCUCCAAUGUUAACCGGAAUUCCACUAUUGAAAACACCAGGCGACAUAUUGGGAAAGGAGUCCACCUUUAUUACGUGGGAGGAGAGGUGUAUGCAGAAUGCCUCAGUGACAGCAGCAUCUUCGUGCAGAGUCGGAACUGCAACUACCACCAUGGCUUCCAUCCCACUACUGUCUGCAAGAUCCCCAGUGGGUGCAGCCUGAAAAUCUUCAACAACCAAGAGUUUGCUCAGCUACUGGCACAGUCUGUGAACCAUGGGUUUGAGACCGUGUAUGAACUCACCAAGAUGUGUACCAUUCGGAUGAGCUUUGUGAAGGGUUGGGGAGCCGAAUACCACCGGCAGGAUGUUACUAGCACCCCCUGCUGGAUUGAGAUACAUCUGCAUGGCCCUCUCCAGUGGCUGGAUAAAGUUCUUACCCAGAUGGGUUCGCCCCACAAUCCUAUUUCAUCGGUGUCUUAAAGGACCUGCGGCUUUUGUCUCUUGCAAACUAUUGAGCCUUGCAUGUACUUGAAGGAUGGAUAAGUCAGACAGGAUGGAGAGCUGACGAAGGAGCCAUGCUAAUACUUGACCUCUGUGACCAACUGUUGGAUUGAGAAAUUGACAAGCCUUGGUAACGAGCUGUUGAUAGCAAGAAGCUGUUCAGUUUACAUUGUGACAUUCUGUUGUAAAAUCAGCUAAAAUGCUGACUUGUAGCAGGACUUCUGUGUAUAGUUAAAGAGAUGGCCAAGCCAGGGACAAAUCACCUAUUAGGAAAAAAAAACAAACUGAUCCUAAACAAUUCUUUUGUGUGGGAUGUUGGCAGACAGUUGCCCUGAUAGUCUUUCUGAAGUGGGAUUUUCAUCAGGCUCAGAGCCCAUGUUGAAUCAUCUUCUCAUGAGUUUUCUUAAUAUUUUAAAACUAUUUGUUGAGAAAUGAAUGGGUUUUUUUUUGUUUUUAAAGUAAAGGUUAAUCAUUAUGACAUGCAUAGUAAUCUUUCUGAAACUGUAUGCUGACCGUACUGCUGUCAGAUGAUGUCAGGCAUAUGCUCUUUGCUAAAUAUGUAUAUACAGAGUAUUUGGAGGUUAUAAAUAGUCUAAGCGGCUAGUGGGGCUACACAGUAUUUGAGGGGCGGGGUCAGGGAGGAAAGCGACAGCUGCAAAUGUCGACGGCGCUGUAAAGUUCAGCUUGUUGCCUUAAACGAGCAAGCUGAUGUCUGAAUUUGCUGUGUUUUGGUUUUUUAGAGUUUUAUCUGACUUUUCUUCCUUUCUUUUCUUCUAUCUCAUCCGCUCCAUAAUGCAGUUAAGCAGCUGGUUAAUUCCUAUAACUGUGAGAGCAAAUGAAUAAUUCCUUCUGUUCGCAAAUCAACUGGCUUUGUGUUUCACUACUCAGUACAUGAGAAGCUUGACUUUAUGGAGUUUACAAUACAGACAUAGGCUUUGAUUUCCAAAUAAAUUGUUUGCCAAACCUAGUAACUCUGUUCAUUAUUCACACGUUUAAAGAAGAUCUCUAUUGGAAUCCAUUUCAAAGUUUUUUUGUUUUGUUUUGUUUUGUUUUGUUUGUACUAUUUGGUUUUCUUUUCUUCUGUUAAUUUUUUCUAUUCUCCUUUGUUCUUAUACAGCGAGUACUUUUAUUCCAACACUAGCAGGGUUUUUCUCUACUGGAAAUUUUUAAAUAAAACCUGUCAUUAUUGCUUA